AUGGCGAGCAUGAAGCAGAAGGCGGGCGACAUGAUGUCUGCGGCGAAGGAGAAGAUGUCCGAAGUCAGCGCGAAAACCGGCGAAGCCGUCGCGAAAGGCAAGGCGGAGGUGCAGGAGAGCAUGGACAAGGCGCGGCACCCGGGGAGCCGGGAGGCGCACGCGAUUGCGGACGCGAAGGAGGCGCAGCGGAAGGAGCGCGCGGAGCUGGAGAAGGAGCGCAAGAUCGCGGGCGCGCAGGAGAGGGAAGCCGCGGAGAAGGAGGCGCGGCACGAGAAGCAUGGCGUGAUGGGCGCUGGCACUGGCACUGGCCACGGGUACGGCACUGGCGCUACAGGUGGAGGCGAUUACGGUGCGAGGGCGGAGCAUGGGUAUGGUAUCACUGGCAUGACUGGGCAUGGCGCUGGCGUCAUUUCGGAUCCCAUGCAUGGUCAUGGAACUACCACGGGUCAUGGCACGGGGCAUAUGGGCACCACUGGUGCCGCACAGGUGGGGCACAGCACAGAGGGCACUGAUACCACUGGUGGAACCACGGGGCGCAGGCACGUGUUUCAGUGA